CCCUCACACGACAUCGACCUGCAGCUUCGCUCUUCCAGCGAUUCGCCACCGAUCGUGUUGUCGGAGCUUCGUCCCUUAGUGCCUCCCCGAUGAGUCGACGCCGCCUUUCUCUCUUUGGCCUCCCUUCUGACAUCCCCACCCUCUGGCAAUCUGCUCACGCCCCCUCUCUCUCCUAUCGUAUCAAGCAAAUCAGUGUGUCGAUACUGGACGAGGAGAAGUGGAACAAUUGGUGGGAGGCGUACGCAGAGCUCGCUUUUUGCCUGCUGGAAGUAGGGUUCCGCUGGUCUGAGCCAGCACCGUACGGAGAAGGACCUGAACUCCCAGACGACGAGGUGGAACUGUUGAUCGUGCAAGCUUGGAGAACAGCGACGGAGGGAGAUCUGUUGGGGAUACUGUUUGGGAAGGUGGUUGACGGGAAUCUCACUCUGAUUACGAACGAGUUGCUGGUGUUCCUGACACAGCUGGUGGACGACCUGCCUCUGGACAUUUUAUCGCGGUGUGACAAUCAGUCAGGCACCCACGUGUUUUCCAGGACGCUCGAGCCGCGCCUGUUGUGGUCCACGUGUACUGAGCUGGACGACGACAACUGUGCCUAUCCGUCCCAAGCUCUCUUCCUCGAGAUCGACGUCACCGAUCUCACACUGUGGGACCCCAUCGUCCGGAGAGGAAACGCGCGACAAGAAGAAGAGGAGAGUGAAGACGAAGAAGAAGAAAAAUUGAGCGAAGAUCGUGACGAUCCUGAUUACGUCCAAGGAGAAGAGGAGGAAGAUGAAGAAGGUGAGCCAGCAAAGGAGGAAGGUGUAGCGGGUGAGCCGAGUCAGCGGCUCGAUCGAAGUAAGGAAGAGGAGGAGGCAGAAGCACGAAAGCGGUUGGAAAAGGCGGAAGGAAAGCGGUCGGUCACGGAAGGACCCCCGCCUGAUCUAUCGUUGGGGAAUCCGUGGCUCGAUCCACAGCCCCCAAGGGAAGAAGAAGGAGGCGAUAGAGCCACGGCAGAGGGAUCAGGAAGACGUCGCCGAAGGAGGAGCAAAUCGCCGACUUCGUCUGGUUCCCCUGCCCGACUUGCCCUUAGCCUACAUCAAGAUGAGGGCGAUCGGGCUUCGUCCCCGGUCGUUCUCUCAGGCUCGUCGUCCCCUUGACUUCCUGAUGCUCACCCGACUCCCUGGUAGACCCGCAUUCCCCGUUGGA